GUGAGGACCGGAGGAGAAGCGGGGCGGCCUGGGCGGCUCUCCGGGGGGCUCGGCCGUCGCCAUUUUGUUCGCGCCGGGCUGCCGGCGAGGCGGGAACGGACGGGGUUCGCCCGGCUCCUCCCCCGCUGGGGCGGAGAGGCGGGGACGGAGUGCGGCCGGGCCGGUGGGGGUGGCGGCGCUGAGCCGAGCGUGGCCCGGCGAUGUCGGCGUUCUCAGAGGCGGCGCUGGAGCGGAAGCUGUCGGAGUUGAGCAACUCGCAGCAAAGCGUGCAGACCCUGAGCCUGUGGCUCAUCCACCACCGCAAGCAUUCGGCGCUCAUCGUCAGCGUGUGGGAGCGGGAGCUGCGGAAAGCAAAACCAAAUAGAAAGCUGACAUUCCUGUACUUGGCCAAUGAUGUCAUACAGAACAGCAAAAGGAAAGGACCAGAAUUUACGAAAGACUUUGCUCCAGUAAUAGUGGAGGCUUUUAAGCAUGUUUCAAGUGAGUCUGAUGAGAGUUGUAAGAAACACCUUGGCCGAGUGCUUUCUAUCUGGGAAGAAAGGUCUGUUUAUGAAAAUGAUGUAUUAGAACAACUUAGGCAAGCUUUGUAUGGAGACAGAAAGGUGAGAAAGCGCACAUAUGAACAGAUAAAAGUUGAUGAAAAUAACUGUUCACCUCGAAGUUCUCCCACUGACCCUCCACAGACCACAGAUCUCAUUAGAGCAUUACAAGAACUAGAAAACGCUGCCUCUGGGGAUGCAGCAGUUCAUCAGAGAAUAGCUUCUUUGCCUAUAGAGGUCCAAGAUGUGUCCCUGUUAGACAGAAUAACAGAUAAGGAAUCUGGAGAGCAACUUUCCAAAAUGGUAGAUGAUGCAUGUAUGUUGCUGGCGGAUUACAAUGGCAGGUUGGCAGCUGAAAUAGAUGAUAGAAAACAGCUGACUCGAAUGUUGUCGGACUUUCUCCGAUGUCAAAAAGAAUUCCUUGCAGAGAAAGAACAUAAGCUGGAAGAGUACAAACGCAAGCUUGCCAGAGUGUCCCAAGUACGGAAAGAACUCAGGUCCCGCAUCCAGAACCUGCCAGAUCUCUCUCGACUUCCCAACGUCACGGGCAGCCACGUACACCUGCCGUUUGCAGGAGACAUCUACAGCGAUGACUGAUUACAAGAACAUCCUUCUAUAACCUCUACUUUUCUGUGAAAUGAGGGGUAGGUCAGACUGAUUGGUACUCUUGUAGUAAUAUUUUUGUAUAUGGUUGGAGAGUGUCAGUAAAAAUACUCUAAUAAUUUAUAAAAAAUGGUUUAAAAAGUUGAUUUGUUUACUAUUUUAUUGGCAAGUGAACAUAAGGGUACAUUUAUAAAAGUGGCAUCUGUGUCUAUUACAUUGAAGUAUGGGUAAUUAUCUUAUCUUUUGUACAGAUUUUAGUUGGGUGCCCUGUAAAAAAAAAAAAAGCUAAGAUUUUUCUUAUGUACCCUAUAUUUAAUGUAAAACAACAUAUAAUCAACACAUACUUCUAACUAGAGACAUUUCAGUUGAUACUGUGGGAGUGGAGUGAAAAGUGGAAAUCACAGGCUUAUGUUUGCAAGAAGGUUGAUGCAAUUUAAUGCAAGGUUAAAAGUGAUCUUACAGUCCAUUACAUUUAAAUUACCAACUCCCAACACAAAUCAGGUGGGGGCUUUUUUGAAGUAAAUGUUACUAACCAAUUUUGUAUUGGAAAACAUAAAUCAUGUUACACUGAGCAGAUCUUUAAGUGACUCAAAAUAUUGCAACAUUUUAGUAUCAUUUAAAAGGCAGCAUAAGAAACUAUGCAGUCAACCAGUUUAAUUGUUUCAAAAUUGUGUCUUUCUUUUUACAGCUGCUUAGUUUCUAAAUUGAGGGACCAUUCAUUUGUAGUCUAAUCCCUUUCUGGAACAUCCGUCACCAUCUAAAAAGGUUAAUCUGAGAAAUGUGAAGCCAUUUUACAGCUUUAAUUAAACUGAAAGGUCAUUCUCUAAACUGUCCCAACUGUUAAAUGUCCAUUAUUAAAAUUUGACGAUGCUGUGUAGCAUCCAUCCGUGCAGCAGCGCGAUGAUACAGCUGUGCUGUACAUCCUCUUCCACUGAGAAACCCCGGAGGCCAGCAGGACAUGCAGCCCCACACCUCCACCCGCUCCAGCAAACAUUUCUAGAUCUUGAUCGUCUUUUCUCACAGAACAGGAGGAGACAGCUCAGGCCCGUGUGUAAGUUAAACUGUAGAAAAUUAUUGCCGAGUGUCUGUUUUUCAGGAAGUCCUUUGCGUGGCACAGGUGUGGUAUUUGCCUACAGGUGGCUGAAUUUGUGAAAAGUCCUUGUUAUUAUACUAUGCACCAGCUUUUAAGUUCACGUAAAGAUACAGACGGGCAUCUAGCAGAUUGCCAGAAAGUUUAGGCUUUUCAGUCCAUCGGAAUGAGGCACGUAAUUGUUGAGAAGUGAUUUACAAAAUGCCUGCCUGUACCUUUGGCAUUUAGAUGACCUUAAAAACCUAAGCUGCAAGUGUUUUCAGUUGGAUAUAUCAUCAGAGUAUCUAAUGGUAGCAUUUUGUUCUUGGGUUUGCACUUGCCAGGCAUUGUUUUGCAUCAGUUAAGUUCAUAGUUUACAAGUUUAACACCCUGCUCAUGUGAAAGCAAUUAAAAAAAUAAGUAAAUAAAUAAAUCUAUUCUUCCUUUUCAAAAACCAUAAUGAUUCAAAAUAGUCCUUGAGUGAAAUUGUUGAAGAUGGUCAUCUGUCACUUGCUAUUGACUUCUACAAGGCUAAUCGCUAGAAUACUUGCUGGAUGUGAAUGGAGAAUAAUCUUUAAAAUAGAUACACUUGGACAUUAGCACCUCAGUCCAAUUAUCUUUUCUCGUGGAAGUUGCCAUCAAUUAGACCUCAGAUAAGCAGGAAAACCCCCCACAAGAUAAAAAUACAAGCUUUUGACAUAGCAUUCCGUAGUAUGCAAUGUAGAAUAUUAAUUUCAUCAAAAAUUUGGCCUGACAGAGAGGAAUCCUGAAAAUAGUUCAUGAGAGCUCACUAACUGUCCAAAGAUUUGCAAGUUUCGAGUGGCAAUUUUCCACUCCAUAGGAAAAGAGCUAAGUAUAGUGGAUCCAGAGGAAUGUUUCUUUAAGUCUAAUGUGUAAAAUUAAAAAACACUUAAUGGCAUCUUUUCAGCAUAGAUUCUUGAUAAGAAAAUGUUCAGGUACAGUUUUCAUAUUUUAAAUAUUUAUGUUCUAGUAUGUUAGAUUAAGCUCAUGAAUUUAUAUAUGCAUGUGUGUGCAUUACAAUGGCAGUUUAUGUUCAGUCUUGCUCAAGAAUAGCACCAAAUUUCUGAUAAAUAACAAAAAAUCUUAAUCCAUUAAGAAUUAUAAAACAAAUAUUAAAACAAGAAGGAUAAACAGUGAAGUCAUGGUUGAAUCCCAUCUAUGGAAAACUUAAUUUGUAGCCAGAGGUGAUUGUAAGUGCAGCGGUGUGGCUUGUAUAGGAUCUGAGUCUCGGAUACUCAAAACCAUAGGGAAUUAAGCUUAAGCUGUCUUUUGCUACGUUAAUUAAAAAUAAUUAGAAUAAUAAAGCCAAAUGCUGAAUUUCCUUCAUCUCUCAAGAGUAUUAAAAAAGACACUUCACUAGAUUUCUUUUUUGUAUUCAUAACUUUUAGUGAAAAUGUUGCUUAUCUACAGAUAAUGUAGACCUGAUAAAAGAAUGAGGAAAAAUCUCAACUUCUUGAUGUACAUAAGUUUUAAUUUUGAGAGAGUGCUAUUUUCUGGAUAUAUUUUUCUUUAUUGUGAAAUUGUUUACUUCAAGGAAUAUUUCAUAGGUGGGUUUUUGGAAAUGAUCUCCCAACAUUUGUUAGGAAAGGAGGACUUGUGGAAGGUAAAGGUCACUCUUACAGCAAGUGUCAUAUAUUAGUGGCUGAAUGGUACAUUGUUUUUUAUUUAUAUGGGAAAGGCAUCAGUUAUCAACUAGUUAGAAGAUUUAUAUUGUGACUGUAAUAAUAUAGCAGGAGAUAACAUGGUACAAUACAAAUGCAGCCCCUUAGUAUCAAAAAUACCUCCAAAUUCUCAGGUUCCAAAGCUUAACAUAGGGACUUCUGACAUCUCAGGAAGAAAGGAGGGUGGCUGGGGGAAGGGAGAAUGCCUAGGAGCUAAAAGGGAGAACAUGCCUGAGUGGAAAUGAAAAGAAAAACAAAUGUCAGCUUUUGUCAUCACAGAAAUAACAAUGUGGAACUCUGGGCAGCACAAUGUUUUAGCUGUAGGUGGGAUUAUACAAUAAAACUGCUUUGGGGUGUUGCCACCCUGGGAAAGGAAAUGUGUGGGUGUACCCUGCUCCUCUGGUGUGACUCUACUCAAACCAGAAUGCCCACCCUACAAAAGGCACAAUUAUAAAAUAUGUGAACAUUUUUCAUCUAAUAAUAAAAGCAUAAUGAUUAGAUUAUUUGCUUCACUAUAUUGCACUUUUAAUGAGCAUUCUCUGAAAAAGCAGUGAUAAUCCUGCAGCUCUUUGCCAUAUGAGAAUGCUUACCAUUGAGGUCACUGGGACUGCUUGUAUAUUGUAGUGUUUGCAGGCUCAAUCUGUGUUUUUGCAGAAUGUUUGAAAGGUAUCGGGAAUAUUAUCCCAUUUAGUGGUUUAAAAAAUAAAUGUGAAAUCCUUAGUUACAAAAAUUACCAUCCUUAGAAACUGUGUUCCAUUACUCCUUUUGAAAAUUGAACUUCACCCUGCAGUGGCAUCAAUUUGGCCAUUUCACUCCAUUAAUGUUUGUAUUAAUAUAUUAAAACACCUCAGUUAAUCCCUAGCAACACAACCCAGACUAUGUGCUUAUUAUGUAUUUUAUCCGAGUAGGCUUCUGAAUGUUGAAAUGAGAGCUUUCAUUAUGAUAAUGUUCCUGUUUACCUCAAGUUUAUAAAGACAAUGUGUUAAGACUUCCACAGACUUAACACCGCUCUCACAAAGUCAAUGGUAACUCAGUCCAGUACUUCAGUGAUGACCUAAAAUACGUACAUAGGAUGCAGUAGCCCCCUGCACAGUUGACCAUGGGAGCCAUGGAAAUCAGACAUAGGCUUGAUUUGCCCUCUACAGAAGAGCUGGAUUUCAACCUUUUGAAAUGUAAGCAAAUAGAUUCAUGGGUGCGGGGUUUUGUCAGUGGAAAAAUUAGUGAACUAGAAAACCAGCACAUCUGAAAUUUGACGGUUGCAUUUAUAAAUAUUUAGAGCCAGUUCUGCUCAUUACUCAUGCAUAUAAUCAGUGACUAUUCCUGCAAGAAAACAAAUUCAAAUGUAUUGUCUGAAGUGGAAUUUUUUUUAACAAAUGACCAAUUUUGUCUCAGAUCCUAUUUCAGUGUGUCAUUUAUCUUGAUUAAGUAGUAAAUCUCUUCCAUCUUGUUAGUUAGAAAUCUAAUUCUGAUUUCAUCUUUACAAUAUUUAAACUAUCCUACUAAGCAUGAUGUUUUUGUGGGAAUUUGCAAAAGUUCAAUAGCACUCGUUACUUGUUUGCAACAAAAAUAGACUCAUUUGUUAAAGCUAACAAGAAAAGUUUGAAAUGUAAAGAUGUUUCAUUAUUGUGCUUUUCUGACAGAAUGUGUAAUCCUUGUGUAAUUUAUGUCCUCAAAAUAACACCUGUAUGUACGCUCUUUCAUAUUUAAUAGAAUAAAAUGUUGUAAAAACA